CCCACCGCCUAAACCACCAUUUUCAAGGUCCUCUGCACUUUUUUUUUCUUUCUGAGGUUUUCAUCAGGCACUUUGCUUCAUUUCAUCAAACACUUCCAUUUUCAAUGGCGUCUAAGGCCCUGUGGAUUCUCUCUCUUGUGGUCCUUGUGGCCAUGGCCAAUGGCCAGAAGGGGUCUUCAGCAGAUGCGCCUGCUCCUGAUUGCAUGAAUGUUUUGAUGGAUAUGGCGCCAUGUCUUUCUUUUGUUUCAAAUGAUAGCACGGUGAAUAAACCAGAGGAUGGGUGCUGCUCUGGUUUGGCGAAGGUGGUUAAAGAGAAUCCCAUUUGCUUGUGCCAGGCUUUUCAGAACAGUGGGAGCCUUGGGAUUUCAAUUAACAUGACAAGGGCCAUGGCUUUGCCUACUGUUUGCAAUGUUAAGACUCCCCCUAUUAGCAAGUGCUCAGCUCCGGCACCAUCACCCAAACCACCGACUCCAUCACCGAAUGCGCCAGCCCCAUCGCCAAAAUUGUCACCUGCAGUCACCCCAAGCAAAUCUCCUGCACCUAGCGGACCUCAUGUUGAGCCACCCACCGAGCCACCUAGCUCUGUUCUCCCCUCCCAGGCACCAAGCCCUGCCCCAGGCAUUAGUAAGGCCACCACCUCCCACCCCUUGUUGGCCAUCUCCUUUGCUCUCAUAGCCCUUCUGGCCUCGGCCGCCAUUUCUCAUUUCUAAGGGGCAUACCUCGUUUUAGAUUUAUUUUCUUCCGCUUGCCCAUCUUAAGUUCUUUUAUAUUUGAUUGGACGGUUCAUGUGGGAAGUAUCACUUCUUUGCAUGUUAUGGAGUAUGGAGAAUUUAUUUUCGGACUUUUCAUGUUUAGAUCUCACACUUUAGACUUCUUGGUGGGUUUAGAAUUCUUUGAUGUUUUGUGCAGAAAUUUGGAGACAUUUGAAGCAUCAUUUAUGUGAUGAUUUUAUCGUUAAUUCUAUUGGACUUUAAUAUCCAUUUAUGUGAUGAUUAUAUCGUUAAAUUCUAUUGGACUUUAAUA